AUGGAUUCCAAAGCUUCAACAACUGCCACUCCUCUACUGAACCAGGAAAAACCUAAUAAUCUUCCAUCAAAUCCCAAGAAGGAAAGAGACUUCCUGAACCACGUCGAAGCGUACCUCGCAAAGAGAGAUGGCGUGGACAAGCUCCUCAAGAUAUCCAGGUACGCCACCAAGAUCAUACUCGCCUCAUCUGCCCUCCCCGAAACCCUAACCUUAACUCACCGCCUCAAGAGCUUCGAGUCAAGCGUAGGGGUGAGCCGCAAAGCCUUUAGGCUCGGCAAGUUCGUCCAGGACGUGAACGCUCUGAGAAACUCGAAUUUCGAUUCGAAUGAAGACCUCGUCCUCUCCCUCAUCGCCUACGGAGGCGAGGGCUUGUAUUUCUUCGUCGAGCAAUUCAUUUGGUUGGCCAAAUCUGGUUUGAUCGAUAGCAAACACUCGCGCAGUUUGCAAAAAAUCAGCGCUUGGGCCGAGUUCAUUGGGUACGUCGGUAGCAUUUCGUUGAAAUUUAGGGAUUUGAAUCGAAUUUCCGAAGAUGAAAAGUGCCUGAAAUCGAGCAUUGAGAUCGCAAUUACGAGGGGAAAUAAGUGCCAGGAAGAAAAGGAGAGAUUAUGUAAAUUGUGUGAAAAGAAAUUGAUGAAGAGGCUUUCUGUUGUUCAAGAUGCGGCUGACGCGUUAAUGGCAUUAGCUGAUAUUCGUGACGGCGAUGGGCCCUUUUUGGGGCCGCUUUCGAUAUCGUUAGCCGGGAUGCUAUCGGCACUAAUUAGCACUCACAAGAAUUGGAUGUCUUGCUGA